UUUUUUUGGAUCAAGUCUUUCGGGAAAAUCCCCCAAUAAAAACAUUUCCUUACGCUGGGCUCUAAACCCACUAUAUAUUGGCUGCAGUAACGAAAGGAUCUAUAUCCAGGACAGAGCUGGAAACGACAAAAUACAGAAGUCUAAAACAUGGCUGUGCGUUGCGUUAACAUUUUUGUGGUUUCGUGGUUGCUGUUGGGGUGUGUUGGAAAUCCUAUUUUCAAACUUGAUCUUGACAAGUGUAUAGACUUCUCAAAAGAACUACUGGACAGUGUAAACGCAACUCUCAGCUCGGACAAAAUAAACGAAGGAUUUAACUGCACAUCUGAUCUAAUGAGUGAUAUUACAAAGGCUACGACGGUAAUCGCUUGUGAGCCGCAUUCUUCAAAUAAGCAGGGUUGCACGAGGAAACGGGAAACUACAUUUGAUCAGGAAACCUGCUUAAGAAAUAUCACGGAGGAUUUAUUGCAAUACAAAGCCGAAUUUUCUCAAUACCAUCUAUCAGAACACCUGGACAUGAUGCUGUCUAAAAUAGAUGCUCUUAUCGAGGUUUUAUCGUCAUCGGAUAGAAAAGAAACCUUUCGUCAAAACAGGGAGCUCACCUUUUCAGUCCGGAUGAAACUGUGUGAGAUCCUGCAGGCUUUCAGAGUGCGCACUGUAACCAUCAACCGGGUCAUGCAUUACAUUAAAUUCCGCGCAUCCCAGUGAACGUCUUUGGAGCGUGUUACAUUUUUCAAGGAUGCCUGAUCCAGUGUAUGACUUUUAUUAUACUUUAAUUGUUAUGUGUCAGCCACGUAUAAGCUAGAAACAUAAAUCUGUGUCUAGGCAGAGAUAUUUUUUAUAUUAUUUAUUAAGAGAUUUAUGUGUUAUGUGUAUGCAAUAUAAUGUAGGGUGUUUUGUAGUCUGUAACCUACUGUUAAAACGUGCUGUAAAAUGAUGGGGAAAUGCAGGAAUGUAUCUAACAGACAAUGUAAUACUAACACUGAACAACAAAAGCAUGUGGCUUCAGUCAGAAAACACAAAUCAUAGGAUUUUAUUUUAUUUUAUUUUAUUUUUUUAUUUUUUUUAAAGAUUAUUAUACAGAAAGGAAAUAAUGGUUAGUUAUACUGGCAACCUUGAUAUAACACAAAUGUUAUUUAUUUAUGUAAUGUAUUUAUGGAUAAUUUAUCAAAUAUAUCAAAUAUUCAUCUAUCUUUGAAUUUUUUGUGUGUUCCAAAAUGUGGUCAACAAAUCAAUCGCUUCUAUGUAAGGAUGUUGCAACCAAGGUUUUUAGAGACGUAUCCAACACGGUUGUGUAGGGUUAGCACAAAUCCCCCAAAGGCAGCUACUGAGGAUGUCACUUUUGAACCCUACAGUAUUUACGAGACAUUUAGUCAACCCAUCUUAAAAACAAAAUCCCAUUUUAUCCACAUUAGUUUCUUCAUGAUAAUUUUUAUCAUGUGUUUCUUAUUGACCAAAAACAUCAAUACAGUAUUAUUUGAGUUUUACGGGUUAAUUUUGUUGAAUGUCAUCUACUGUAGGUUUCUUUGGAAUUGCCCCAGAACCCUUAUGUGGAUUAAACCCACCACCUAAAAUUCUUGGGUAAUUCGAAGUAUGCCUCCCUGCCAAUACACACCAGCCAAUUCAACUUCAAAAAGAGCAGUCUGAGGUGUAAAAGACGGUGUGUUACUACAUUUAGCUAAUUCUGUUUACCACUUCCCAGCACCCCAACACCAUUCAGGUGGUAGCCCACACAACUAAAUGAAUUAAACCAUUUAGAAUUCCCCUAGCUCCCCCAUACAACAUAUACAGACCACAAAUUCAAAUCAUUUUUGCUGGCUGACCCAAUGUUUAGCUAGAUCAAAACCCCAAUAUUUAGUUUUUUUUUUCAAAUGCUGUUAAAGCUAGCUGCUGUGAGCACCUUGGGGAAAGAUAUCUAUGCAUGGGCUUUUUUUUUGACAUGUUACUCAAGUCUUUUGUCAGCUGCUAAACGUUGAUUCCUAACUGACUGGUUAAAAAUACCACUCCCAUCAGAAACUUCCUGAAAUUACAUUGGGUGGGUGCCAUUGAACAAGGGAUACAGAGAUAGCAAUCACAUGGCAUCAGUGUGGUUUCAUUACAUUACAAAGUUACCAACUCAACAAGAUUUUCAUGAGAUACAUUUCAUCAUUUCAGCUGUCCAUGAUUAAAACAAGUAAUUUUUUUUUUUCAGUAUUGGUCAUGCAAUAGUGAAAGGGCUCAUAUUAACUGGAAAACACUAAUUAAUUCUUAAUAAGUAAUAAGUGUUUAUUACCAUAACACUUUUAUUGUCAGGGUCUUUAUUAGCACAUGCAUUGAUGCUGUUUAACAACUGUUAGAUUAUAGAUACUGAAAGGCAAUUUAUCUUCACCUAUGUGGUGUAAAGAAAUCAGAUUAUAAUUGAUUUUAAAAAAAUCAACACAACUCUAAAUUAGCACUUAAAAGCCCCCAUAAAUGUCUGAUUUUUAAUUGCUGGUUUGGUACCAUUAUUGGGUGUACUUUCCCUGCUACAAAAAUGAGCUUAAUGGUCAUUUGGGGUAAAUAGAUCUAGCGUGUCUUGUUAACAUUGAAAGAUUUUGAAUGCACAAUAUGUAAUGCAAUAGUCACUGGGGAUAUGUUGUUUUACUAUUUGGUGCGUUUAUGCUUAAUUAGAUUAGUUAUUAAACAGCAGGAGGAUUCACUUAAAAAGAACAUAGCCUUUUAUCUGUGUAAAAUAUCUCCACAAGGUGCAAUAUAAAAGAAACUAUUUACAAACAUUAAAACUGGCAGGAAGUUAAAAUAACAAAAACAGGUUUAAAUGCAAAAAAUCUAUUUCAGACAGUAAGCAAGAAUAACAAAAACAGUUUCAUACAGAAUUGUUUAUUAUCAAAAAGGAAGAAUGUCGCCCAUAAAUCGAUUCACUGAAUCUUGAUUAAGAACUCACUGUUGUCUGGGUUGGUCAGGUUCAUUCUGUAGGGACAAAACUGGAUGGAGGUGAAUUAGGAAGGCCUACAGGAGUGUCAAACCGCUGCUUAGAAUUUUAAACUAGCCCUCAACCCCGCAGAUGGGACACAUGCAGUAGCAUCCAUAUCAUAACCCUACAGUGGCAGCAUAUUUUUCAAGAAGCAUGUAGGUAGAGCGAGUCGCAGUAGCAUAGUGGUUUACUCAGCUAUAACCCAUCGGCACAUGACCUUGCCUUGCCCAAUAACCACACCUCUGUGAUGAACUAUCUUCCCAGCAUCAAAACCUCACACUCCUUUGAGCUUUGUAAGAAGAAUGAACCUUCCCAUAUGCCACAGGAGAGCUUGCUACUGGUGAUCAUGGGGUUUGGGAUGGGGGAGCAGAAAGCCAGUUUAUUGAAAUACAGUACAUUAUUAUUUUGAAAUUAUAUAUAUAUAUAUAUAUAUAUAUAUAUAUAUAUAUAUA